AUGACAAGCCUCAUCGUUCGCCGCCCUACAGAAUUCACCCUAAACGACGCCAAAGUCAGUCCGAUCGUCAGUCCCUGUCUUCCCGAAAGUGAUGGAAGGCGUUCGUUAGUAUUUGACCUCGACGACACGUUGAUUCACACAUAUCCCAACCCGGUCAUCCAACGUGUUGGGUUAUAUCCCGUCGAGUUUGGGACCAAAACGUAUUACUUUGAGAUCCGCAAUGGAGUUGUUGACUUUUUGAAACGGAUGAAAAAGGAAUACGAGUUGAUCUUGUUCACUUCCGCCGAUCAAAGAUACGCCGAUCAAAUCCUUCAAGUCCUCGAAAGCGAUGAACCUUUGUUCGAGCAAAAAUUGUACCAGACCGAUUGCGUGACACAGACCGGGUUCGUUAAAGACUUACAGAAGGUCGGAAGAGAUAAAUUCACUACUAUCUGCUUCGACGACUACCCUUACGGUUGGGCGUCUCAAGACAACAUUUGCGUCUGCAAGAAGUAUAACGGAGGGCAAGACGCGGAAGUCAAGAGAUGGGAGAACAUUGUUACCCAAUGUUCUUCUUUGUUUGACGUCAGAGAGGCACUUCUAGAAUACUCAAUGUGUCUCUUGCUGUAA